UCUCUACAAAUCCAGCUGACUUGUGCAACGUUCUUUGUUUUCGGACAACUUGAGAUGUUCAUUUCACUUUCAAUCUCAUCUAUUGAGUCGUUUUUUUUACAUUGGUUAUCUAGAUACAUUGUAAGGACAAUAGCGUUAUCAGUUGAACUAAAAGUUUAUCAACCGUUGAUUAAAAGCCAGUUUAUCACUUUCACCUAAUUUGAAUUAGCCUGCCUGGUACAUGCAGACGUCAUACCAAAAUUCAAUCAGCUGAGAGCAGUUGAGAAUUUUCAAUGGCAGUGGUCAAAAGUAGCUGGAUACUAGCUGGAAGGAGUCAGUGAUGGGGCGCACUCUUGGCGCGGUGAUCUGUGUGUUUGUUGGUUUGAUCGUCUGCCUCUCGUUUCACGUGUACACAGUGCUACACCGCGCAAUGCCCCCUGGUCUAGCGGAGGCUGAGAAAAUACGUUGGUUCGAUGAGCUAGGAAGGCUAGCCCGUAGAGGGAGUGGUCUCAUGCAUGACGUUGGUAUCAACAUAGGCAUUCAGCCAAUGAAAAUCUUUAUUAACACGGCCUUCUCCAUUUUGUUCAAUCCGCUACCAUGGCAACGCGUUGUUUACAGAAAUAUAAGGGUCAACCAAGACGUGUAUGAUGGCGUGACUGUGAGCACAUACACGCCUGUGAAGAACAGCUCUCCACCCAACUGUCAGGGCUACCCUACUAUUGUUUACUUCCAUGGUGGGGGAUGGACGUGGCUCUCUGUAGGUGUAUAUGACGGUCCACUAAAAAAUCUGGCAAACAAAACCAAGUUCAAGGUUGUGGCCGUUGAGUACAGGACAGCGCCCCAAGAUCCAUUCCCCGCGGCCUACGACGAUUGUCUGGCUGUCACCAAGUACAUUGUGCAGCAUUCGAAAGAGCUCAACGUCUGCAAAGAUCUGAUCGUAGUGGCGGGAGACGGCGCGGGUGGAAAUCUUGCUGCCGCGGUGGCCAUUGAGCUCUCCAGCUUUGUUCGUCUGCAAAUCUUGAUUAACCCCGCCCUACAAAUGCUCAACUUUGCCACACCGUCGUACCAGGAUUUCUCCGACAUGGAAAUGCUGCCCGGCAUUACAUCGCCAGAAAAAGAGAUUACCAAUUGGAUGCGAUACGGGAACAUCAAUCUUAGCUUUAAACAUUUACUCCAGGGGAAUCGACAUGUUUCUUUAGAAAGUUAUGCCGCGUUUUCAGACUUUUUGAACAGUUCCAAAAGACUCCCCAGCCCUUUAAAAGUAUCAAAUAAAUCCACGAUCCACAACUCUGAGAGCAACGAUACGGUAUCGCCUUUUAUCGAUAAUCUAAUAUUAGACUCUCGUUUCAAUCCAAUGUUUACACAAGAUGUAAGUUUUGUAGCAGACACAUACAUCAUUACGUCACAGUUUGAUGUGCUGCGUGACGAAGCACUCAUGUUUGGACACAGACUGCUAGAAAAUGGAGUCAAAGUUGAAUUACACCACUACUACCAUGGCUUUCACGGAUUUUUCUUAUUCGCUGGCGGUGGUUGGAUCGAACUGAAAGAAAGUCAAAAAGCAAUGGAACAAUUAGUUAAUUAUUUAAACAAAGAAAUUCUAAGGUUAAAAACUAAUUGAAUAGCCUAAUUUAAAGUCGUGUAUGCGGGUAUUAUUUACUGAUAUUAAUUAUUAAUAAUUAUUUCCGCGUGAAGGCCUAUGAUACAAUCCUCCAGAAAUUUGAAAUAGGUCAAUCUCCAACAUACGCGGUAAACUUUCUCAGAUCUGUCGCUUUGAGACGGUAGACACAUUUAUUGUAUAAGAAACAAAAGAUUUAAUCAA